AUGUCGAAAGAAUUACAAAUUAACUAUCCAGACCCUGGGUUUUGGACGGAAACAUCAAUGAUUCAAUUAGGUUAUGGUGUUUGGGUUAAUUUAUCGAUGGUUUCUAUUGGUUUAGCUUAUGGAUUUUCAGCGGUUACUCUCCCACAAUUAAAUUUACCUGAUUCUUCCAUUAAAGUAACGAUUUCUGAUGAAUCUUGGAUUGGCAGAAUGAUAACUGGUUUUGGGAUAGGAAUGGUGAUGAGCGUACCAAGGGUUUAUAUGACAGAAGUAUCCUUACCAAAUAUGCGUGGUGUGAUCGGUUCUUUCCCCAAUAUUGCUAUGUCUCUUGGCAUAACUAUACAGGCUGGCUUGGGCUCUGUGUUAAAAUGGACUAUACUAUGCUAUAUAAGCUGCGCAUUCGCAGUAUUACUAUUUCUUCUUAAUAUGAAACUUCCUGAAACCCCAUAUUACUUAAUUCAAAAAUCGUUAACAGAAGAUGCUCAAAAGUCACUUAAAAAAUUUCGCUCUAAUAAAUACAAUACAGAUGCUGAGAUUGAUGAGAUUAUAGAUUUCAAAAACGAUAACAACAUUCGUAGGUUAAACUUUUUGGAGCAAUUGGCAGCUCUUCUAAAACGAUCAUCAUAUAAACCAUUUUUACUUAUGACAAUAUUUAAGCUAAUAGCGGAACUAUCUGGUGCAUCAAUUAUUUUUAUGUGGACCGUUGAUAUAUUGGAGAGAUCUAAAUCAUCAAUCAACCCUGAAAUAGGAAAUGUUCUACUGGGUGUUACAAGAAUAAUUGUAGGACUAAUCACAGCAGGACUUAUAUUCAAUGUUAGCAGAAGGUCUUUGGCGAUAACUUCUGGCUGUAUCUUCCUAUACUUUUUUCUACCAGAAACAAAAGAUUUGACUCUACAAGAAAUCGAAGAAUAUUAUAAUGACAGGCGCUCGACUUUAACAUCUCAACGUAGACUCAUGUCAAUGCAAUUUAACACACUCAGUGCAACUGCCGUAACUAGUAAAUCUCUUGAUAAUAUAACUAAUAGGCAUAAAAAACCCUCAAUAGUUACUUUUAGUGAAAAC